ACGCGGGAGAGGAACUCAAUCCGAGCCCCCACCCCCGACACACACUCAGGCCCCCGGAGUUCGAGUCUUGUAUACUGCGUUCUCAGCUCUGCCCGACAGCUUCCAGCCAAACUUCGCCAACUCCGCUUCCUUUGCCGCCACCAUGCCUAAAACGAUCAGUGUGCGUGUGACCACCAUGGAUGCAGAGCUGGAGUUUGCCAUCCAGCCCAACACCACUGGCAAGCAGCUGUUUGAUCAGGUGGUGAAAACUAUUGGUCUGAGGGAAGUUUGGUUCUUUGGUUUGCAGUACCAGGACACCAAGGGUUUCUCCACUUGGCUGAAACUCAAUAAAAAGGUGACUGCACAGGAUGUGCGAAAGGAAAGCCCCCUGCUCUUUAAGUUCCGGGCCAAGUUCUACCCUGAAGAUGUAUCUGAGGAAUUGAUCCAAGAUAUCACCCAGCGCCUGUUCUUUUUGCAAGUGAAGGAAGGUAUUCUCAAUGAUGACAUUUACUGCCCACCUGAAACUGCUGUGCUACUGGCCUCUUAUGCUGUCCAGUCUAAGUAUGGUGACUUCAACAAGGAGGUGCAUAAGUCUGGCUACCUGGCUGGAGACAAGUUGCUGCCCCAAAGAGUCCUGGAGCAGCACAAACUCAACAAGGACCAGUGGGAGGAGCGGAUUCAAGUCUGGCAUGAAGAACAUCGGGGCAUGCUCAGAGAGGAUGCUGUUCUGGAAUAUCUGAAGAUUGCUCAAGACCUGGAGAUGUAUGGUGUGAACUACUUCAGCAUCAAGAACAAGAAAGGCUCAGAGUUGUGGCUAGGAGUGGAUGCCCUGGGUCUCAACAUUUAUGAGCAGAAUGACAGACUGACUCCCAAGAUUGGUUUCCCCUGGAGUGAAAUCAGGAACAUCUCUUUCAAUGACAAGAAAUUUGUCAUCAAGCCUAUUGACAAAAAGGCCCCGGACUUUGUCUUUUAUGCUCCUCGGCUGAGGAUUAAUAAGAGGAUCUUAGCCCUGUGCAUGGGAAACCACGAGCUAUAUAUGCGCCGCCGCAAGCCUGACACCAUUGAAGUGCAGCAGAUGAAGGCACAGGCCCGAGCGGAGAAGCACCAGAAGCAAAUGGAGCGUGCCCUGCUGGAAAAUGAGAAGAAGAAGCGUGAGAUGGCAGAAAAGGAGAAGGAGAAGAUUGAACGGGAGAAAGAAGAACUGAUGGAGAAGCUGAAGCAGAUUGAGGAACAGACUAAGAAGGCUCAGCAAGAACUGGAAGAACAGACCCGCAGAGCCAUGGAACUUGAGCAGGAACGGAAGCGUGCCCAGAGUGAGGCUGAAAAGCUGGCCAAGGAGCGUCAAGAGGCUGAAGAGGCUAAGGAGGCUCUGCUGCAGGCCUCCCGGGACCAGAAGAAGACUCAAGAACAACUGGCUUCAGAAAUGGCAGAGCUGACAGCUCGGAUCUCUCAGCUAGAGAUGGCCCGACAGAAGAAGGAGAGUGAGGCUGUGGAAUGGCAACAGAAGGCACAAAUGGUACAGGAAGACUUGGAGAAGACUCGUGCUGAGUUGAAGACUGCCAUGAGCACACCUCAUGUCGCAGAGCCUGCAGAGAAUGAGCAGGAUGAACAAGAUGAGAAUGGGGCAGAAGCCAGUGCUGACCUGCGGGCUGAUGCUAUGGCCAAGGACCGCAGUGAGGAGGAACGUACUACUGAGGCAGAGAAGAAUGAGCGAGUGCAGAAGCACCUGAAGGCUCUUACUUCAGAGCUGGCCAAUGCCCGUGAUGAAUCCAAGAAGACCACCAAUGACAUGAUACAUGCUGAAAACAUGCGACUGGGCCGAGAUAAAUACAAGACUCUGCGUCAGAUCCGGCAGGGCAACACCAAGCAGCGCAUUGAUGAGUUUGAGUCCAUGUAAUCAUGUAAUAGACACCAAGCCUCUAGGAAUCCCUUCUUUAUUCUUCCUUAUACUUCCCAUACCUUUGUCUAACUCACACUGUGCUGGAGCCACUAACUACAUUCAUGCCAAGCAUUCAGUGCAGCCAUGGGACCAAACCUACCCCCUCAGCACUGCUAAAUUAAUUGCCUGGGAAGACAAAUGGCCCACUGUGGUGCCAGUGAGAACCCCCUUUCCCCUCUUUAACCUGUUCAAUCUAGUUUGCUAGAAUAGACCACUUCCCAAGCUCAGAGACACUUUCUACUUGAUUAGGCAAAAACCCCUACACUUAACUGUUGCUCGAUGAGGUUUAAGUGUAGAGUAGGUUAAAAACUAUGCCCACUACUGUAUACCACCAUUGCCUUCCUCUUCCAGGUCAUGUGAUUUUCAGGAGUGAGAUAUAUUACAGGGUUUAAAAAAAGAAGCAGGGCCCUGACAUUGUCAUCUGACAUAGAUUUGGUCUCCUAGAGCCAAUCCCUUUUAGAUACUUUGUAAUGCUUGGAGAACAAAGAUAUUCAGUCAUUGUUUCUACCUCGCAGAUUUGGCCUAUUACAAACUCAAUUCCAAUAAGCCUUUUCUCUGAGUUCAGGGACUCAGUUUCUCCCUACAGUAGAAUGGGGAGACAGUGCCUUCAAGAGGCUUCACAUCCUGUAAGGUCAUUGGCCCUUUUAUUCAGGCAAGAAUGGGUAAUGCCUACUCCAGUGCCUUAUGGGAACCUAAACUUCAAUCCAGUGAACUCUUUGGGCAGUGGUACCUCAUAUUAUUCCAGGUCCCUAGUUCCUCUCUGGAUCUGCCUCUGCCCCUUCCAAUCCCUAAAUCACCUCCAGCUAGAACAAACAGUAGGGACGAGUACCCAAAAGCUGAGCCAGCCCUAUAUACAGCUCUUGCCAAAAGGAGGAAAUGUUCAUACCUUGUGUCAGUAUUUUUCCUACUAUUCUAGGACACUUCCCCCAUCAGAACUACUUGGGCCAUAGCUCCUGCUUCACAGCUAUCUGGGCCUUACUAUGGUGAGCACUAGAUCUUGACGCCAGUAGGCUCAAUUAGGGUGUGAACAGAAGAGGCUACUUAUGGUAAAGAAGCCCAUGCCUCUGAUCCUACAGUUUACUUCUCUCAGGUGCCCGGUAGUUCAUUCCUGUCACCCCUGCCUGGGCCCUGCUUCUCACAAACCUCUAACCCAGGUCUUGUCAAUAACUGUGCUUUCCCAUGGCCUACAUACCAUAGAGCUGCUGGGGAUUCUGGCCUGGUCCCUUCUGCACCCCCAUGCUUUGCCCUCAACCCAGGAAUAUCUUCUUCCUCUCUGUCUCAUGUAUGCUUUUUUCCUUUGUACCAGUAUUAUAUAUUCUAGUGAUAUCUAACUCAAUAUUAAUUUUUUUACCUUUCUUGCUAAUGCACAGUUAGAAAAUAUUAGUCUUGGGGUAGAAUCAUUCUGGCCUCCUGUCCUUUACCACCCCCACACCUGGGAAGCAUAUACUAUAUUAUAAAAGGAUAUUUUGCCAGAAAUUUAAUGUAAGAAGCUUCAGUAUUAGUGAUGUUACCUGUCACUAUAGGUCAUACAAUUCAUUUUGAAAGGAAUUGGCAUUUAGUUUUAAUGUGUCUAUUUGCCUUCUCCCCAGGAUUCAUUCCCUAAGGGGAUGUCCUGUGCCUCUGUGCAGUGCCCGUAGCCCAGUGCCUCCUUGGAUACCCCCCCACCUGACCUUGGGGAGUGUUCUGUGUAUUGCUGUGAAUUAUUUUGACACUCAUUUAUGCCCUGUAUUAGAUAAAUUAAAACCAAGAAUUGGGAAAUUUAAACUGCUUUAAGGCUGGGGAGAAAGGUUAGAUUUUAUAUUCAUGUCUUUGUGCAUUCUUGGGUUUUUAAAAAAUUGUUUUUGGAGGGGAUUUUGCUCAACUCAUGUUCUAUUUCAGUGCCAAUAAAAUUUAGA